AUGGCAGACCACUUAUACGAGCUCCUGAGCCCGCAUUUUCUAGAUUCUGAUGCGCGUCUGUCUCAAGAAGCGACCACGAUUCGAUAUCUCAACCGAUUACCCACGCUAUCCCUUCAAGCGCUUCAGACCACAGAGCGCCAGUCACUUUCACAAUCCGCACACUCCACGCUGCUUUCUCUCCAAGCGCUCUCUAAUAGAUCCCACAAAGCUUUCAUAACGACUGCAGACAAUCUGUCCAACCUUCAUUCGUCCAUUGCCAAGUUGACUAGUCAAACACAAGACCUACGCAAUGCCAUACCAAAGCUCGACGAGGAGGCGGUUCAAUUCUCACUGAAAUACAGCAGAGCCGCAGAGAAUGCCACGCUCGAGCAGCGGAAGAAGGUGCUAGGGCUGUCGCGCAACGUCGACCGCAUAUCUGAUAUUCUAGAAUUGCCCACUUUACUUGCGACUGCCGUCUCAUCUGCAGCGGCCAAUUCGGGAAACACGGGAGCCUCGUUCUCCACGACAUAUUCAGCCGCGCUGGAUCUGUACGCUCACAUCAAGAGGCUACAAACGCUGUACCCAGAUUCGUCUCUGGUAAAGGAUGUGGCCACACAAGCCGAGGAAGCGAUGAGAGAGAUGACAUCAAAUCUCAUCGGCGCUCUACGCGGGCAGAAUCUCCGGCUUGCAGCAGCCAUGCGAACUGUCGGCUGGCUCCGACGCGUUUCGCCAGAACUUGAUACCCUCCACGGCGAUGGGGGAACAAAUGCGGGCGGAGGAGGAGCACUCGAUGCAUUAUUUCUCAUCUGUCGUCUGGCGAACCUCAUCUCUACACUGGAAGCAUUAGAUCCCCUCAAGGAACUUGCAGAUCAGGAACUACAGCGCAGGGUGCAAAGUCCAGAUCAGAAGAGUGGAAAUGGCUCUUGGGCUGACGGCCACCAAACAGAAAAGUAUCUGAAGCGGUAUAUCGAGAUAUUCCGCGAGCAGAGCUUUGCUAUUGUAUCUCUGUAUAAGAACAUCUUCACACCAGACCAGUCCGAGUCUGAGAGCGGUGUUACGGAGAUAAGGGGAAUCGACGCGCGAAUAAGGACGGCGCAAACCUCGCAGGCGGACCGUACGCAUGAUCCAUUUCAAUGCCUUCCACCGGCUUUGGCAACCUUUCCUACACAUUUGGUUGAACUAUUGACGGACACAUUGCGCACGUAUUUGCCUAAUCUCCAGGACAAGACUGCCCGUGAAAGUCUUUUGACCCAGGUGCUGUACUGCGCUGCUAGCUUAGGACGCCUAGGAGGUGACUUUAGCAUGGUGCUAAGCGAACUCGUCGACACAGACGACGAAGAGACAGGCCUAGUUUAUGAAUGGGAGGAGGUCAUGCGAAAACACCGAGCUCUGGCUGGUCGCCUUGAACAACUCACAGGGACUAACCCAACAAGCCCUACAGGGUCCUCAAAGGGGACCCUGCAGCCAACCUCUCCAGCUGCAGCGUAG